AUGGCACAAACACUGCCUUUAAAGUCGAUCAUGCCCUCUGCAUCUUAUGUAACGGCAGAACCAACAAUAACAAAUAUCGCACACUCAUCCGAUGCCAAUCAUGUGCCAACCUACAUUUCGACGCGAGAGUUCACCGUUGGCGGGUUAACAUUAUUGCUGAUCGCGCUCUGCUGUCUUGCCGCAAUGAUCACGCGCUUUCAACGACUAGAUCGACAAAAUGUCCUCGCAGUUGAUCAACAAAAAGCUCUCGUACUGAACCAGGGUAUUAUCAACAGAUUCUUCCCUAUCCGUAUUUAUCCCACUUCUACUCAGUAUUAUUUCAUGAGCACCAAAGAUGGUACUUUAGUUGUUGCAGAUUCAUCCAAUCCCGCAGAAUAUGUCCAAAAGUUGGAAGAAAUAGAAUCAGCUGCUUUUGAAAAGCAGCAUUAUCUAUCAUCAUCAGAUCAACAACAACAACAACAACAGCAACAACGACCCCAAAAUGCUGCCAUCAUGAGUUUAUCCCGACUUGGCCGUUUAUGGAGUCGUGACUCUUCACCUCUGGGCCGUACAUCAAGUUGUAACUCUUUUAAUUUUUGGGGGGAGGCUCCAGCUCGCAUGCCGGCGAUCACUACAAUGGCACUUCAGAGAACACCAAUGGUACGAUCUUCAAAUCCAUUCGUGAUCCCCAUCCAAACAAACGUGACAGUAGAUUGCCAGGUUGCUACAGAUCCUGAGACAGGAGAGAUCUGUUCAAUUUGUCUCUGCGACUAUGCCAUGGGCGAUCGGAUCCGAGUGCUUCCAUGCAGCCACGAGUAUCACCCCGAAUGCAUUGAUGUGUGGCUCUCCACCAAAUCAGUCUUUUGUCCGCUCUGUAAGCAUGAUCUACUGAGUGACAUCCUGCCCAUCUGCUCAGAUUUCCAAAUUCUCAAGAUCUAG